CAGUAUUCGUUGUAGGAGGUGCUUUCAUCAUAUCCCCAAUAUUGUUUGUGUGCUUUUAUUAAUUGCGGAGUGAUAUUAUAAUAUCUAUUUACCGAAUAGUCCAAUUAAGGUACGGUAUAAUUUGCCGUACGAGGUAAUUCAAAGUUUUAGCAUUAGAAAGUGAAGUAGAGCAUCGGGUGUUCUCCAUUUAGCCGGUUGAAGGUUAUACAUGCGGAGAUGACUUCACUGGGGAGCAGCAGUUCCUCCACAACAGAGUAUGUUGUACGAGUUCCAAAAAACACCAGUAAAAAAUACAACAUAAUGGCAUUCAAUUCUGGUGAUAAAGUCAGUUGUUCCACAUGGACUCAGGCCCGUAUGGAGCGGGACAUGAGUAAUAGGCGCAUAUAUGGAGAGGAGGAAUCUACGGAUGGGGCUGGUGGCAGCGAGUUUGGAAAGAAACAGAGAGAGGAAGCACGGAGGAAGAAGUAUGGCAUCGUUACAAAGGAGUUCAAGGUGGAGGACCAGCCCUGGAUCCUUAAAGUUAAUGGCAAGGCAGGAAGAAGAUUUAAGGGUCUGAAAAAAGGUGGGGUUACAGAGAAUGCUUCCUAUUACAUCUUUACACAAUGUGCUGAUGGUGCCUUUGAGGCUUUCCCUGUGCAUGCCUGGUACAACUUUACACCACAGGCCAAGCAUCGCACACUCACAGCUGAGGAGGCAGAGGAAGAAUGGGGCAGGAGAAACAAAGUGGUGAACCACUUCAGUAUUAUGCUUCAGCGGCGUCUCCGAGAACAGGAGCGAGGAGAGGAGGAAGAAGAUGAGGGAGAGAAAGGGGGGAAGAAAAAGAAAAAGAAGGGAGGCAAGGGUGGAGACCUGCGUAUACAUGACUUGGAGGAUGAUUUGGAAAUUAGCAGCGAUGAAAGUGACGACAGCAUGGGAGAGGAUGGGGAGAGCAAGGCAAAAACUAAAAAAGACAAAGGCCCCAAAGGCAAGGGAAAGAAGAAAAAGGGCAGCGAUCUUGAAGGAUUUGAGGACAGUGAUGAUGGGGACUUCGAGGGGUUGGAGGUGGACUACAUGUCUGAUGAGAGCAGCUCUGAAGAUGAAGAGCCAGAGAAGACAAAGCCCAAUAAAGGAGAAGAUGUACCUAAAGGGAUUGAUGAAAUGUCGGACAGCGAGGAAGAGAGUGAGGAAGAGAACAAGAAUGAGGAGGAAGCAAAGGAGGAAGAAGAGGAGGAAGAUGGGAAGAAGACACCAGUGCAGGUGGAAAAGAAGAAAAAGAAAGACAGCAGUGGAGAGUCAGAAAGCUCAGAAGACAGUGAUAUUGAAGGAGAGGCAGCUUCAGCACUGUUCAUGGUGAAGAAACGCACGCCUCCUAAGCGAGGGGGUGGCCGUGGCUCAGCAGGUAGUUCAAGAACAGGAAGUCGACCUGGCACGCCUUCUAUCGACAAUGCUGCCACUUCCAAUACUCUCCGUGCUGCUGCCAACAAACUGGAGCAAGGUAAGCGCCAGACUGUUGUAUCCAGCUCAGAGACUCCAGCUGCUAAGAGAUUAAAGAUGGACCCUAGCCCUCAGAGCUCUUCAGGGAAAAGCACUCCCCAGCCAGUAUCAGGGAAAUCCACUCCUAGCUCCAGACUACCAUCUCUCCCCUUUAGUGAUGUGCAGCUGACAGAGGAUGCCGUGCGCAGGUAUCUCAUAAGGAAGCCCAUGACUACUAAAGACCUGCUGAAGAAGUUCCAGACUAAGCGCACAGGCCUCAGCAGCGAGCAGACAGUCAAUGUGCUUGCCCAGAUCUUGAAGCGGCUCAACCCAGAGAGGAAGAAUAUCAAUGAGAAGAUGCACUUCUACCUCACUGAGUGAACAAAACUGAGGAGAGAGUGAAACACUGAACACAGUUGUUUCUGCCCAUCACCAGCAGGCUCUCCUUUAAGAAAUUUUUUAUUUAGAUUAAGACCUACUUGGUCAGAAACAUCAUGUUUUUCUAGCAGUCAUUUUACUUUUACCUACCCAGCAUUAAUUAACAGUAGUCAUCAAGUACUGUUAAUUGGGUUACAGUUCAGAGUGCUGGAGCAAGACUGAAGAGUAGAAUGAAGAUGGGGAGAGCAGAUGGUUUUGUAAAUGGUAACAGAUUAGUGAAAGUGUUUGGAAAUUUCAGAUAGAUUUAGAGCUCUUUCUGCAGAGCAAUGGUGAAAAUGUGAAAACCAGAGAGAAACAGUGUAAUCUGAACUCAAUCUCUCAGCAAAGCUUGUAGGAUUUUGAGAGUGACUCUACACAGAAAAUGCAACUGCAAUGAAAGGGUGAUUUUAGUAGUUGACAAACAUUAUUAAAUGUUUUUUUUUUUUUUUAUACCUAGUUUAAGAUUCUUUUCAUCCAUACAAAACACCUUUUCCAGCAGCACUGUUAGAAAGCUGUAAUAUGUAUUAUCACAUGUUUAUCCCCUUAGUACUAA